AAUCUUUUUCUGAAAUCUAAAACAACACAGAAACGAAAUCCACACACAUAUUUGAUUGAAUACUUCCAUCUCUAUAGACCUUGUAUUCCCCCUGAGUUCUCUUAGGAGUACUUUAUAUAUGGCUACAGUUUUAGACCUAAUUCCUUCUUAUGCAGGGUUUCGUAAUGUAUCAUCAACAUCUUGUUCAUUACUUCCUUUUAAUUCUUCUUUUACGUCUUCAUUCUCGUUUAUUCAAGUGCCGGGCAAUCGGAAGAAGGGUUUCUUUGGUAAUAGAAAAUUGAAAAAUGGUAGUUGCAGAGCUAUGGUUCAACAGACAUUUCAGGGAGCUUCCGGUAAUUACGCUAAAGAAAUGGAAAGGCUUUCUGCCAAGGAGUCUCUCCUUCUCGCGUUUAAAGAUUCUGGUGGAUUUGAUUCUCUAGUCACUGGAAAGAUAUCGGAUUUGCAGAGAAUUGAUGUGAAUGAGAGAAUCACUGGUCUUGAAAGGCUCAAUCCUACGCCUAGGCCUACAACGUCACCCUUUCUGGAAGGUCGAUGGAAUUUUGAGUGGCUUGGCGCUGGUACCUCUGGCUUGUUUGCUGCCAAGUUACUUUUCGAGAGAUUUCCGUCGUCUCUGGCGAAGCUAAUACAAAUGAAUGUGCUCAUCAAGGAUGGGUAUGCAAAGACAACCGGAAAUUUGAAGCUAUUGAACUCGGUAGAAAACAAAUUCGUCCUGCUUACUAAAAUGUCUGUUGAGGGGCCACUUCGAAUGAAAGAAGAAUAUGUUGAGGGGGUUCUUGAAAUGCCAACAGUUAGUGAAGAGGCAAUACCUGAUCAAAUAAAAGGUUCACUUGGCCAAGCAGUUACCACUAUGCAGCAACUUUCUGUUCCUAUAAAAGAUGUUUUGGCCAAUGGGCUGAAAGUUCCUCUGAGUGGGACUUUUCAGAGGCUGUUUAUGAUUUCUUAUCUGGAUGAAGAAAUACUUAUAAUUAGGGAUGCAAUGGGAGUACCAGAUGUUCUUACAAGGUUACCUUCCCCUCUUGAUCCCAAUGACAUCAUCGAACCCAUCGCAGAGUACGAGAGUUAACUGUACUAAUACUCAAAUAAUUUCUCCAUCAUACAAAGAAGAAGAAUUUCUUUUUGAUUUUUCUGUAUUACUUGUAAUCUUCUCCGCUAUCAAAUUAUACAAGAAAUACUCCUCAUAUGUAAAAUUCACCUCGAGCGGGAUUCAAAAUGAAUCCCCCGAUACAUUUGAGGUUGGCUUCUGGCUCUAUAACCCAAAUAUAACUAUACAAAAUAACACUAUUGACUGUGCUUUACAUUACCGCAA